UCUUUCUUUUCAAUCAGAAAAACGUGUACAAAGUUCGUUGUUUUGUCGUGUACAAAUAGAUUUUGAGCACUCACUUUUUUUAGUUUCAUCUUUGUUAUAACAAAAUAAAAAUAAAAAAAUCAAAAAUGGAUUAUAUAGAUUCAGAUGUCCAUUUAAAAUCGGAAAGCAGCACAACAAAUUCAAAAAUAUUGUGUUGUGAAUGUGGUACAUUGAUUGAUCCCAAUCCAGCCAAUAUGUGCGCUGCCUGUCUGAGAAAUAAUGUGGAUAUAACGGAAGAUAUUCCCAAGCAGGCAGUUCUAUAUUUCUGUCGUAAUUGUGAACGAUAUUUGCAGCCACCAUCAGAAUGGGUCCAAUGUACACUGGAAUCGCGUGAAUUACUUGCAUUGUGUUUGCGAAAGAUGAGAGGUUUGAAAGAUGUGAAACUGAUUGAUGCUGGAUUCAUUUGGACCGAACCACAUUCAAAGCGAAUCAAAUUGAAAAUGACAGUGCAUAAAGAAGUGUUUGGUGGUGCAAUAUUGCAGCAAGUCUUUAUCGUUGAAUACAUUGUAACUAAUCAAAUGUGUGACGAUUGUCAUCGCACCGAGGCCAAGGACUUUUGGAAGUGUUUGGUUCAAGUGCGUCAACGUUCCGAGAAUAAAAAGACAUUUUACUAUUUGGAACAGUUGAUGUUGAAACAUAAAGCGCAUGAAAAUACAUUGGGUAUCAAACCGGAACAUGGUGGUCUUGAUUUCUAUUAUGCCAACGAAAAUCAUGCUCGCAAAAUGUUGGACUUUUUGAACACAAUGUUACCAAUCAAAAGUACCGAAUCGAAGCGUCUCAUUUCACAUGACAUUCACAGCAACACUUACAAUUGUAAAUUCACAUUUGCCGUUGAUAUUGUACCGAUUUCAAAGGAUAGCUUGGUAUGUCUGCCGAAAAAAUUAGCUCAACAGCUUGGUAGCAUUUCACAAAUCUGCCUAGUCGCUCGUGUUGCGAACACAAUACAUUUAAUUGAUCCACUUACAGCACAAAUGGCCGAAGUAAAUGCAACCGUCUACUAUCGUCACGCAUUCGAAGCUAUUUGCAAUCCAAAACAAUUGACCGAAUACAUAGUAAUGGACACGGAAGUGAUUAUGCAAAAGGAUCGCAAAUUUUUCCCCGGCCAAGGAAAAGUUUCAGACCGUCAUGUUGUAUGUGAUAUUUGGUUGGUCAGAGCUUCUGAAUUGGGUAUCAAUGAUAAUACCAUACACACACGAACACAUUUGGGCCAUUUAUUGAAACCGGGCGAUUCAGUUCUAUGCUAUAAUCUCAUCGAUGCCAAUAUAAACGAUGAUAACUUUGAGAAAUUAAACAAGGAUCGUGUUCCCGAUUUGGUUUUGGUUAAGAAAUUCUACAGUGAUUUCAAUGCACGAAAGAAUGGACGUCUUUGGAAGCUAAAACAUUUAUCAGAAGAUGUAACCGCUUUUGAUAGAGGACAAAAGGACUACAACGAAUUUUUGAAUGAUUUGGAAGAAGAUCCACAAUUGCGUCAAAAUGUCAACAUUUUUAAAGAUUCAUCAAAAAUAAUUCCAGUGGAUGUGAACGAUGGCAUCGAUCCAUCUGUACCCCGUAUUACUUUGGAGGAAAUGUUGGACGAUCUGGUUUUGGAAGAUGAUGAUAUGGGCGAAACCGACGAAAUGGCCGCCACAGAAUAAGAAUUUUUAUUUCAAAAAUAUCUAUUAAUAUCACGCAAAACAAUCAAAUAAAAACGAUAGAUCAAAAA